AAAUAAUUUCGACUCUUAUAUAAAUGCCCACCACCCCUUCUAAUAAAUAGGUGGGUGCACACAUACACAUUGUCACACUAACUAUAGCUAAGAAAUAUUUAAAUAAUUAAUAACAACAAUUUCUUGGCGAUCGGCAUGGCCACCGGCGCCGCAGAUGGGUUUCUCCGGCCAAUUUAUGAAGGUUGUAUCUCCGGUUACGACCACUGUGUGGAGCGUCGUCCUUACCACCGUAACUGUGGUUGUGCACUUCAUAGCAAGUCAAGAAAAUUAUGCACACACAAAAUGCCAAGGUGUAACAAUGUAUCAUAUCCUAUGAGGCGGGCAUGGAGUGAAGGGAAUUUAGUUUUGAUGGCUUCUGUUCAUUCUUCUCCUUCUACUUCCCCAGCUCCUCUUAGUGGUGUUAGGCCUCAACGUGGUUCCGUGGAUCUAGAUCAUGAUGUUGAAGUCGAGCUUAAUAAUAAAAUUAGUAGUUUUAUUUGAGGUGAAUCGAUUAAUUAUCAUUUUGACUACGCUAUUCUUUUGUUUUGUUUCUUCUUCUUUUUUUUUUUUUUUUUUUUUCAAUUUUGAAUUACUAAUAAUUUGAGUCUUGUUGAGGUCUUGAUUAAUUUUAUAAAUUUUUUUGGAAUAUUAAAGUUGAUUUGUUGGAGGUUGUCAUGGUUUGUAUUGAUCUAAUACCAUUUUGAUAUCAGGAACCAAGGCUUGUAAUCGAUUUGGUUGAUUUUUAAUUAGACACCCCCUUUCUUUUGUAACGAUGUAAAUUUAACUUUCUCGAUCUUUUAUUGUAUAUAUCUUUGUUCUUAUAUGUAUGGCUUGCGGUUCAUAAUAUUUUGAUGAAUUAAUAGAUAGCUUACGAUUCCCUUUA